CUUUAUCAAGUGAUGGUAAUUAGGGGUAAAGAUAAAGGCGAGACUGGUGUUGUUAAGCGUGUUGUUCGUUCUCAGAAUCGUGUUAUUGUUGAAGGCAAGAAUCUGGUUAAGAAGCAUAUCAAGCAAGGCCAAGGUCAUGAAGGUGGGAUCUUUACGGUUGAAGCUCCUCUUCAUGUUUCAAAUGUUCAAGUUAUUGAUCCAGUCACAGGGUAUGUGACUGCCUUCAAUUCUGUUUGAAGAAUACUUCAGUUUUUGCUC